UUACUGGAAGUAAGGGACCUGACCAGAGUUUCUUGCUGACCUGGGUGAAUACCCAAAAUGUGACGUGGCAAGAUGGCGCCAGCAUGUGCGGCUCGCCGUCUGCCUCUGCUUUUUGGUUUUAUUUGUUACUAUUUUGCCCUAUUAUCACUUUUAAUCAGUUGGCGUGAUGUGACUGCUCUUUUGACUUAUAAUUGCCAAACGCUUCUGGACAUCAGGCAGCAGCAUCAGUCUUUUUUAUGGAGGUGGAAAUCUGCUGGUGCAAACAAUUCUCCGCCUUUCUUUACGGAUAUACCCAGUUACCUGCGGCGCACACCUUUCUGCAUACCUCGGAAAAAGCGUUCUCGGAGACGGGGGAAGCGAGCUGGCGUCCUAGUCCGGAUCAAGGCUCUUCAGAGAGAGGAUUUCCGAUCUAGCGGGAGCUGCUGCUUCUCUUCUCGUUGGAUCCUGCCUGUGGUCCCUGGACCUGCAAAGACCUGGGCACACCUGCCCGUGGCAGUUCCACCUCUCCGCAGGUGUCAGCGGGUUGGACGCGGCGUGGAGCUCACCAACCUCCGGCCACUGAGCAGGGCCUCGAUUGCGGCUAAGGAUGAGACGACCAUCAGCUCAGCCCUCAUUAAUACUAGAUCUUUAGCAAAUAAGAAUUUUAUUUUGAAUAAUUUCUUUAUUUCUCGGGAGCUGGAUUUUAUGUUUUUAACAGAGACGUGGCUUCGAGCCGGGGAUUUUACUCCAUUUUCCGAACUUCUCCCUCCUGACUGCGGGUUCUUCAGUGCUCCCCGGUCUUCUGGAAAAGGUGGAGGAGUCGCUGUCAUCCACAAAUCGUGUUUUACAUGUCGACAGCUUCUAGUGGACAGUUAUUCCAGCUUUGAAGCACARCUAGUAGAAAUAAAAUGUGACUCUCCAGUGUUGUGUGUAGUGAUCUACAGGCCGCCAAAACGAGAUGGACUUCUUUCUGAAUUUGCAGACUUUUUGUCUAUGAUCGUUUUAGAUUAUGAUCAGAUUUUAUUUGUUGGUGAUUUUAAUAUACAUAUCUGCUGCAAAAAUAAGCCACUUGCAAGUGACUUUUUAAAUUUGAUUAGUUCUUUUAAUUUUACACAGAUUGUAAGUGGUUCCACGCAUGAAAAGGGCCACACAUUGGACUUGGUUUUAACUUAUGGGCUACAUGGAGAAGUCAGAGAGAUUUGUGACUCAGGUAUAUCCGACCAUCUACCUGUUUUAUCUGAAUUUAAUAUUUUAACAUCUGCGCGGGAUCAGCGCAAAGCUGUGCACUCACGUCGCAUUUUUAACACUCAGACAGCGUCGCAGUUCUCAGCUGCUUUUAUUGACUCUCAGCUUUCCUCAGCGGAGUUUAACUUCGGUGGAAAUGUUGACCAGCUUCUGGAUGAUUUUAACUCCGUUUGCUCGGCUAUUUUGGACGAUAUUGCUCCUUUUAAGACAAAACGAGUCUCAGCUUCCACGGAGCCUUGGCUGAAUGAACUCACUCGCACACUGAGACGCACCU